AUGUCGCUGCCUUCUCCAACUCCAGCUCGGAAUACUACUCUUGCCAACCUGACUGAUGCCAUCACCAAGAAUCUGUCCCAAGAUCUGCAGCUCAGGAAAUGUGGAAGCCAAUGGUCAGUCCCCUUUGAGUCUUCCAAUGUGGGCACAUCUUGCCAGGAUAAAGUGAAUUUCCAGCCUCAGGAGGUGCCUCUCACCACAGUACCCACUCAAAUAAGGACCUUAGACCAUGGCCAGGAGCACAAGGUUAUUCUAAGAAAAGAGCUACCUGAACAACCUGAGAACUUGGUAGAGAAGACACUGGUUGAGUCAUGCAACCCAACACCAGGCCUAGAACCUCCAGGAACCCCCAAGUCCCAGAGGAUUAGCCAGGAGGGCUGUAGCUCUCAACUAGACCAGCAGCCCCUGAACAUAUGCAAUACCACCAGGGCCAAUGUGCCACUGUCUGUCUACGAAGCAGCCUCCCAUGGGCAAUUCCCAGUCCAGUCUCCCAGGGAAGUUACGCUGAUAUCCCCCUCUAGUGCUCCCACCUGCCAACUCCAAGAAGGCAUGGAAGAUCGUGUGCUGGUGUUUGAUAUGACCACGGGCAACAGCAGAUUAGGACUACUGUGCCAUGACCCCAUGGGCUCACGGGCAGUGCUCGUGGGUGUCAUGCCCAACCACCCAUCCAUCUACAUCCCUGAGACUAUGCGGUCAUUAGUCAUGCCCAUCCACUCCCCUGAUAGCAAUCGCUCCAGCUUCUGGACCACCACACCCAUGCUUUCCAGCCCUGUGCCUUCCAGUCUCUCAUCUGGCAGCUACCGAGAGGUGACUCUACUUCCCAAGGAGGCCAAGCUCAACCUAGAGUUACAGAACUCUCCUGGUACUGAGUCUCCCAUCAGGCUUGGACUGCUCACUGGGCCCAUCCCACUGGGUAUGCCGCUCCAGUUUGGUGAGAGGAUACUAGCCCAUGUCCCCAAUCCUGUUUGGUCUAAAUCUGAUGCAGAAAAAAAUGAACCUAGUCAUACCGUCUGGAUGCUGGACACCUCCAAGAUGCCAGAUGCCUCCAUGAUCCAGACCAAGAAAUUGCAGUGGUUGAACUCAGAGCAGAUCCCAGAACCUGCUUUACCAGCCAAUCCACAGGAGCUACCCAGAACCCUUUUCGAGGAGGACAUGAAUAGUCACAACCAGAAAGAACUCAUUACUGUGCACCCUGACAAUCCUCUAGCUGAAGAUGCUGGGAAGGCCCCCCUCACUGGUCAACUCCCCCCAGCUGAAGAGUCCUCCCUUGCCAGAAAGAUUCCUACUGCUGGCCAGCCCCCUCUAGCUGACCAGCUCCCCUCUACAGAGCAGCCCCCUGUGGCUGUUCAGGCUUCCUUUCCUGGUCAGCACCCCCUCACCAGGCAACUUCUUCUCACAAGGCAAGUAACUCUUACUGGACAGCCUUGUUUUUCCAGAGAACCCCUCUCCACCAAAAAGCCUUCAGAAGGGUUCUCUAUCACCGAGGAGCCUGGGCAGGCCUCCACCUUGUGCAAGGAAGGUGAGGCCUUGGGCAUGUCUACUCAUGUGGGAGCACUCCAGGUGCCUUUGGCCCCUGAAGAGACCUGUAUCUAUGUGAGCAGAGACAAAGUCAGCAUUGGGGCCGCACAAAGCUCGGAGGAACAGUUUUCCCUGAUCGCAUUCACCACACCUGGCACUGGCUACAAGGUGUUGCCCAUGGCCAUGGUGGACAUUGAGCCCCAGAGUGCCAGGCUGAAGAUGACAGCUGAGGACGUCACACACUCAUCUGUUGUCACGCACCUGGGCCUGCUCCAUGGGACCUGCAAUGAGCUGGUAUCUACCAUAGAUGCGCUGCCAUUGCAGCCCCCAGUAAUUUGCCGCCACUCCCUGGGUCCCUACCAGGACAUGGCAGCCAUAGUAAUAGACACAGGCACUGGUUUCACCAAAUCAGGGCUGGCUGGGGAGGACCAUGUUCUCAGCGUGGUGCCCUCAUGUGUUCAGCUGCUGCAGCACUCAGCCCAGGGCCAACCCCGGUAUGUGGUACCGGAGAACCAAGAGGGCUCGUACCCAGUGCUGAACCGGGGUGUAGUGUCUGAUUGGGAUGCACUGGAAGUGCUAUGGCAGCACCUGUUCUACUGCAGGCUGGGUGUGCAGCCUGAGGAGCUGGCUGUACUUGUGGCAGACUCACCCAUCUCACCACGCACCAACAGGGAAAAGGUAGCUGAGAUACUCUUUGAGCGUUUCCACGUGCCUGCCAUGCAGACAGUGCAUCAGGCCCUGUUGACACUUUAUGCUUAUGGGCGCACUACUGGGCUGGUACUGGGCAGUGGCCAUGGCACUUCCUAUGUGGCACCCAUCCUCACUGGGGACCUGGCUCCACUUGACACCUAUCGGCUGGAUGUUGCUGGUUGUGACCUCACUGAAUACUUGGCUCAGUUGCUCCUGGCAGGUAGCCACUCAUCGCCCAAGGCAGGACUGCUCAACCAGAUUAAGGAGGCAAAUUGUUAUGUGACUAUGGAUAUGGCAGCUGAGAUGGCCCGUACCCAGGGCCAGGCCCAGGUGGACUUUGUUCUCCCAGACAAGCAGGUCAUCACACUGGGCUCUGAGCGCUUCCGCUGCCCUGAGGCCCUUUUCCAGCCCAACCUGCUAGGCCUCAACCAGCCGGGUCUCCCACAGUUGGCCCUCCUAAGCAUCAGUCAGCUGGAAGCCAAGCAACAAGAGCUGCUGCUGGCCAACGUGGUGCUGGAGGGUGGCAGUACCCUCUUCAAUGGUUUUCCUGAACGCCUCAGACAGGAAUUGGGCCCUGGUGCCAAUGUGCUAGGCUCUCCCCACCGUGCUGUCGCUGCCUGGCUUGGGGGCUCCAUCAUGGCAUCCAGGGACUCCUUCCAGAGUCUGUGGCUCAGCCGUCGUGAGUACGAGGAGGAGGGCCCUUGGGCCAUUUAUAAGUACCAUCUGUGA